AUGUACAGAUCGUGCUCGAACUUUGAGUUUUACAAUAUUGAUGAAGCCGAGUUCUUGUCGUCGUCAGUGUCAGUUACGAACGGAAUCGAUGCAUUGUCAUUCAGCCUCAAAACAUAUCAGCCCCAGUCACUUCUCUUGAAAAGGACCGAAGAAAGCUUUGUUCGAUUAGUGCGAAAUGUUUGGCGUGGGAUGCCAAGUCCUGAUCAAGAACAGGGUCGUUUGAAUUUCAUGUCAACUCGGGCUAUCUACACAUACUUACUGUCAGUCUCUCUAGACCAGAUUACUGACAAGGAUUUCAGGGGAGAGUGGCUGGACUGCGGCGCAGACGCUUGCCAACUAGAAAUCGUGCUCAAGGCCAGGCAAACUGAGAUUAGCAUUUCGCUAUUGAUUGAAGAAAUCAGUCGUGCUUUUGGGAUUCUGACCCGCUUCUUCCCUGGACCAAUAAUCUACCAUGUACGAUUACAGCCUAUGUUACAGUACAUGGACAGCAAUUAUUUCACACUGAUCAAUCACGGUUUACGACUUGGCACACAAUACAUCACCAUGGAUCUCCGGUGGCCAUCCAACAGAAUCGAGACAAUGUUCAAAUCUUGGACUCAUACAAAGUUUGUCGGAUGUUAUCAUGAUACUGAACGCCUCCCGGACGGUUGGAGCACAGAUGAGCGGUGGGAACUCUAUCAAAAAGCGCAGAAGCUUCAGAUGGCAGGAGUUAGGCUGACCCAAGUCGCAACAAGCCUAGAUGAUAAUGCAGCCGCUGUUGCAUUCGCCAUCAAGGCAAAACGAGCAAGGCUUCCCGCACCCUUCCUCAUCAACUAUAAUACUGGCAUAUUGGGACGUCCUUCUCUUUUAAACAACCAUACACUGACCCCAGUAACCACGAAAAAUAUCCAACAGUGCUCUGCGGGGACAGAACACCGCCAGUCCGAACAAAAUGUUCGGUAUACUAUCGCGGACUUGCAAUGUGCACUUUAUGCGACCUUUGUUUAUGAUCCCAUGAGAUACUACGUUGUUGGAUUGGAUGUUUCAUACAGCCUGUCACCAACAAUUCAUAAUGCCGCUCAUAAGUUCUUUGGGAUGCCUCAUGAAUGCAGUCGACUCUCGACCCCUACACUGGAAGGUGUAAAAGGCCUUUUCGAAGAUCACAACUUUGGUGGGAUGAGCAUCGCGCAAGGCUUCAAGCGGUCUAUCUUCCCCUUCUUAUCUACAACAAGCAUCCACGCUAGCAACAUUGGUGCUGUCAAUACAUUGAUUCCGAUUCGUCAUCCAUUUGACUUUACCGAAAAACCCCCAGCAGAGUUCUGGGCUGCCCGUAACCGAGCAGGGCCAGUAAUGGGCCUCUAUGGUGAUAAUUUGGACUGGGUCGGCAUGAUGAAAUGUGUUCUCCGGAAUUUGUCACCAGCAAAUGUCAUCACAUCGGAUUCAGCUGCGCUUGUAAUCGGAGCGGGAGGUAUGGCCAGAGCAGCGAUCUAUGCUCUUCUCCAACUGAAAGUCUCCAAUAUUGUGGUAUUCAACCGUACAAGAUCAAAUGCCGAAGCCUUAAUUAAGGAUUUUUCGACCGUCGAAUUGGUAAAGGACACGGUCACAUAUUUGCAUGGUCUUGACAAUCCCUCAACGAGCUCGAACCUUUCUACAAAGCGACAGUUCUCAAUUCUUGAAUCCCUGAAUUCAGACUGGCCAAGCAAUAUGUCUCAGCCUACCAUUGUUAUAUGCUGCGUACCUGCACCUACUAAGAUCCUUCAUCUUGGUGCUAACUUGACACUUCCCUCUCAGUGGAUGAAGAGUCCAACCGGUGGGGUGGUGAUUGACCUGAACUACCAACAAUUGGUCACACCUCUCAUUCACCAGAUUCAGAAGGCUUCCGAUCGAGGAUGGGUACCAAUUGAUGGGAUUCAAAAUUUGUGUGCUCAAUCAUCGGCUCAGUUUGAGUUACUGACAAGCAGAAGAGUGCCCGAGACACUCAUGAGAAUCGCAGCAUUGGAGGAAUACCUUGUCUCUCACGAUUGCAACCCUGAAGCUACGCAGUUCAUCCAGCAGCAACUAACACGACUCAAAACGUGA